GUGGCUUCAAGCCUCUGCCUGGCUGGUUUUCGCAGGUGUUAUCACCCACAGCUCAAUCAAGCAGGAGGCUGGGGUACCAGUAAAGAAAAUAAUUUACCACCCGCUUUAUAACGAUAAUAGUCUUGACUAUGACAUUGCUCUGAUGAAGCUCCAAGUCCCCCUGAAUUUCUCAGACGCCAUCCGUGCCGUGUGUCUGCCACCCUCCCAGCAGGACCUCUUCCCGGGCACGCAGUGUUGGGUCUCUGGCUGGGGCUAUACCAGACCAGACCAAGCGCAGGUUACCGAGACACUGAAGGAAGCCCUCGUUCCCUUAAUCGGUACCAAGAAGUGCAAUAGUUCGUGCAUGUACGCAGGCGAGCUCACUGCCAGGAUGCUGUGUGCCGGCUACCUGCACGGGAAAGUAGACGCGUGCCAGGGUGACAGCGGGGGCCCCCUGGUUUGCCAGGACCAAUUCACCUGGCGCUUAGUAGGCAUCGUGAGCUGGGGCCAGGGCUGUGCUGAACCCAACCACCCCGGGGUCUAUACCAACGUGGCUCAGCUUCUGCCGUGGAUUUAUCACGUCACUGAGUUAAAGCCAGAAACAGAAGGGUCUCCUCCCCCCUGCCACGGCUCUGCUCGGCUGCCCCAGCCGGCAGAACGGCCGUUCGGUUCUGCAAGGACUGAGUGCAAUGUGAAAGCCAGCGGUGAUUCAGGCCCUGCGUAA